AUGUUAUUAAUCCUACAAUUUGGAGGCUCGUCCACGAUAAGAACUGGUGAGAGACAAAAGGGAGAAAAAGAAUCAACACGAAAAAGAAGCAAAACGAAAGACGAUAAAACGAAAGACGAUAAGACGAAAAGACGUACGACGAAAGACGAUAAGACGAAAGACGAUAAGACGAAAGAUGAUAAGACUAAAGACGAUAAGACGAAGAAAGAAGCAAGACGAAAAGACGUAAGACGAAAAGACGUAAGACGAAGGACGAUAAGACGAAAGACGAUAAGACGAAAGAAAAGACGCAGGACGAAAGACGACAGGACGAAAGGAAAAGACGAGACGAACAGCGAAGGAAAGAAGAAAAGAAGACGACAUUCAAACUGCGAGGACGUUAAGCAUUGA